UUAACUUCCAUGUAAACACACCACAUUCACGUCUAAAUUCAACUAAUCAAAAACGUCGAAAUCAAGUCUAAAUUUUUGUAAUCUGUCCAGGGAUACUUGGAACAUUAUAUAUCCAACUUUAAGAAUCUUUGGUUGGAAACCGUUAUAUUACAAGAAAUACAAAAAGUUUUGACUUGUACACUUUUGUAAGUACACUUGAAAAGUUUUACUUACUACUUGGGUCGUUGAAGGCUGCCUGAAAAUAAAGUAAAACCUUAUGAAAUUUGAUUUUGGUAAACAAUGCCAGGGAAUGCAAUGGAUGAAGAUGAACCGGUGGCUACAGCAAGGCCAGUUCGUGGUCGAGAACUCCGAACGAUGGGAAUUCACACUCAACGUACAGAUGAGCAAACCGGAGGGGAGGUUUACUACGAGGGGUUUAUGGAUGGAAAACGGUACAUGGUUCCGGACAGUAAUCUUGAAGCGAUGAAAGACAUGAUAAAUUUCACGAUGCGAAGGAGAGUGAGUCUAAGAUACAAACAUCAAACGUCUUACGACCUAGGAGAGUACGACCACUUUAACGAAAUGCUGCAGAACUUGUUGAAAAAAUUUGAAGGAAUUGAUAGUAUAUCUUCAACUCCCGGAAAUUCAGUGGAUACUGGUUCAUUUGUGUCAGAUAUCAAGACAGAACCUUCCGAUUCAGAAGAGAAGACUAGAAAAGAGGAUGGAAUGGAAAAUGACACGAAUAGGAGCAGCGUGCCUUCAACCUUAGAACGUGAUAAGGAAGAGCAAAUCGAACCAAAUGAAAAAGGAACGCCUUCAUGUCUAGAGGAUGAUAAGAAACAACUGGUUAAAGAAGACCACCCUGAAGAUACACCAAUGCCGUUAGAAAAAGAGCCUAAUACAAUAAGUAAUUUGCAAAGUGAAAAAACUCCUUCAAAUUCAGGGAGAAAACUAUCAAAAGACGAACUAUAUCCACAAAACGCACCCCCAAAAUUACAUGAUAAAGAUGAUAAGGUAGCGGAAAUAAGUGAAGAAAAUAGAUCCUUACAUUCAGAUAAUAAAAAAAGGAAGUCCAGCAUAACAGAUAUAAUGGAUUUAGAUGAGAAGGAGCCAGUUAUACCCAAAGAUGAAAAAAUACAUCCAAAUAGUGGUAAUAAAAUUGAAAAGUCAAAGGGUGAAGACGUCGAUAAGAAAUUGUCAAGUCUAAACGAGCAAGGAAAAACGCCACUUCAUUCAGGGUCUGAUUUGCUGGAUUAUAGUGCUGGAAAAGGUCCUUUGACAUUUGAUAGUAAGACGAAAAUGCCAAUUAAAACGGAUGAAAAGAACGGAACUAUUUAUUUGGAUAAUAGAAAAGGUAGACCUAGUAUAUUAGAUAUAAUAGAUUUAGAUGAGGAGGAGCCAGUUAAAACCUAUGGUGAAGGAAAAUUUCCUAAGAAGAGUGAUAAAACAGAAAUGCCACAGGUUGCUGAUAAGAGAGCUGCAAGUCUAGUUGAAGGAAAUAAAACGCCAAUUCAUCCAGACUUUGAAGAAAGACAUCAAAUUCGGGAAAGUGAAAUUGGUCGGUCGGGUGAACUGAAUCGCUUAAAAAGUGGUGGUAGAGAUAUAGUUUCAAGUAAGUUAUGGGAAAGAGGACGCUAUUUUAGCACAGGCCAUAACAUUAAAGAUUCAGUUGGCUAUAAUGCUCAAAAAGGACGUAUCACUUUAGACGGAAUAAGAAAAAAUCAAAUUCAGCUGGAAUCUCAAAAACGGGUAACCAUGGAUCAUAUUGCUGGAAAGGGACGUUUGACAUUAGAUUGUAUGAGAAACACGCCAAAUAUAAUGGAUGAAAAAUAUGGAACCAUUUGUUUAGACAAUAAAAUAGUUAAACAAAGUAUACUAGAUAUAAUAGAUUUAGAUGAUGAGGAGUCUGUUGAAAUCUACAGUGAAGAAAAAUAUGCAAAGAAGGGCGAUAGAAUAGAAAUGCCAAUUGGUGAAGUUGUUGAUAAGAGAGCUUCAAAUCUAGUUGAGGGAAAGAAAACGCCAACUCAUACAGGUUUUGAAGAAAGGCGUCAAAUUCGAGAAAGUGAUAUUAGUAAGCAAGUAAAACCUGGUGUUUUUGAAGAGGAAAUAGAAGAUCUAAUUCCAAGUAAGCUUGAUACUGACGGACGAAGCACAGACAAGAGGAUUAAAAAUUCACUUAAUUACAGUGCUGAAAAAGGACCUUCAACAUUAGAUAAUACGAGUAAAACGUAUCAAAAUCAAUUAGCAUCUGAGAAACGUGGGAUGACGGAUUCAACAGGUUAUAAUGCUGGUAGUGGAGCUUUGAGAUUCAACAGUUUAAAGAACAGGUCAACCCAAUUUGGUUCUGAAAAACUUUCAAUUCCAGUUGGAGAGGAUAAAAAAGAUAAGAAAAUGGGUCCGGAUAUUACAAAUGGUAGAUUGAUGCCUAGGAAAGCUGAUUCUGAAAAGAGUCGUUUUGUGUUAAAGAGUCGCCAGCAGCCAAUCACUCUCGAUGAAUCGUUAAAUAAUGAUUUACAAAAUGGGAAAAUAGAAAAUAGGAGGCCGAUGGAAAUGGGUGGCGAAAAGAAGUAUUUACAGAUAGGGGAUGGGGUAGGAAUGACAUUGUGUGAGGUUUCUGAUGAGAGUUUAAAAGAAAAACGGAGUUCUCCAAAUCAUCCAGAACCCGGAGAAAGACCUCCAGCAAGAGAGAAUGGAAGAAGUAAACCGGGUGAAUCGGGCAGUAGAGAGACACCUCCAGAGAAGGAUGGAGAAAGAAAACCGCCGCUACCACCACAUGGCAACGGUAAUGGUUUCAAAGGGCACGAAGACAGCGGUAGAGAUGAGAAAGAGUCAGAAGACGCUUCUAUAUCUUCAGUGGACGACACUGAAGAAUACCGUGUUAGAUUAUUAAUCUCUGGACAUUUUCAUCCGGACGAAACGCCGAUGUUCAUCAUCCAAGAGUAUGAAGCAGAAUCUGGAGUGUUUGAUGAUCAGAUUGUUGACAUCAAGCGCAUACAAAAUGUUGGGGACGUUGAUAUCAAUAUCGCGGGGAAGUUUUACAAUGACACCAUUAUCAGGGAGCGAGAUGAUAAGAGUCUAUUUCUAAAUAUCAAACCACUCAAAAUUGAAAUUGACCAUCUGAAUAGCAAAAUUUACUACGAUAAAUUUGAAGAGAGUUUUAAAAUAGAGAACCUUGUUGAUGUUGUGCUUAAGGGACAAUUUGUAGCUAGCACACUAACGAGGGAAAUCACUCCGGUGUUAUCUUUCAAUAUAAAGAAACUUGGUCUUGGCAGCGUUUCUUCUGAUAGCGUCACUAAAAAGAACCCACGCUUGGAUAUUACCAGGUUUGACCAAGCAGUAGUAAAUAAGAGUAAUCCUUAUAACAGUGAAAAUGCUGUGGUUAACAUUGUUAGGGUUGCUAACAACGGCUAUGGAAAGAUAGCGGAUAAAGUAGGCUCUUCUUACUUUGACAACGAGGAUGAGCUAACAAUUAGUAGGACAAGUAUAACUAACUUUGGCUCACUAGAGUUGACUGUUGAUGAUUGGCAUGCGAAACCACCCGGACUCUACUCGUACUUACCUGUGAUUCCCUUGUCUCUGCAGAAGAGCUUGACAGGUUCUGAACUGGAAAUAGUUGAAGUUGGUGAGAAUGAAGAGAUCGAGAAUUCACCACAGAUAAAAAACCGUAGAGGACGCAAAGAAAUGAGGCAAGGUGAGAAGACCAAAAAAGGUGCAAACAGGAGCAAUGCAGAGGAUACUGAAUACAUUUGCAGGAUUAAAGAUUAUAGGCCUGCUAAGAGGAAAUUCUUUAAUUUAUUUUAAAGAUUACGUUUUGGUUGGAAAACAACUGGAACUAAACAUUUGUGUCUGUAGUGAAACGACUAUUGUAUUGUUAAAAUAUAGUAUUGUAAUUUUAUUUAAUGGAAAUAGACGUACAACAUUAACAACGUUUAA